UGGCCGGGCCGCCAGGCCCUCCCUCCCGCUUCCUCUCCCGAGGGCUGUCCUGGCAGGGGCCCCCCUCGCACUUUCUGGCGGGAGCAGGGCCAGCAGCGAGAGAACAGUCGCAGAGGGAAAGCGGGAAAGAGAUGGGGGAAAGUGUGUGUGUGUGAGUGUGCGCUUGUGUGCAUGUGUGUGCGUGUGUGUGUCAAGGAAAAGAGCCCGCAGUCCAGCAGCCCGAGCCCGGGAGGCUUGUGAGCCCGGCCUUUCGUAAUUGUCCCCUCCCCGCGGCCCCCUCCCCCAGGCCUCCCCCCUCUCCCGCCCUCCCGCCCGCCCUCUCUCCCUCCCUCCUUCCCUCGCAGCCGACGAGGCAGCAAUUAGGCUUUGGGGAUAAAACGAGGUGCAGAGAGCGGGCUGGGGCAUUUCUCCCCGAGAUGGCGGGUCUGACGGCGGCAGUCCCGUGGCCCGGAGUCCUCCUGCUCCUGCUGUCGAUCCUCCACCCCUCUCGGCCUGGAGGGGUCCCUGGGGCCGUUCCUGGUGGAGUUCCUGGAGGAGUCUAUUAUCCAGGGGCUGGUCUCGGAGGCCUUGGAGUAGGAGCGCUGGGACCUGGAGUCAAACCUCCCAAGCCAGGUGCUGGACUCCUUGGGGCAUUUGGGGCAGGUCUUGGAGGGCUCGCAGGCAUUGGCCCCGGGGCAGGGCUCGGUACCUUCCCUGCAGGGACCUUUCCGGGGGCUCUGGUGCCUGGUGGAGUGGCUGGCGCUGCUGCAGCCUAUAAAGCUGCCAAGGCUGGCGCUGGGCUUGGUGUCCCAGGAGUUGGUGGCAUUCCCGGUGUUGGUGGCCUAGGAGUGUCUACAGGUGCAGUGGUUCCUCAGCCUGGAGCUGGAGUGAAGCCGGGGAAAGUGCCAGGUGUGGGGCUGCCAGGUGUAUACCCAGGUGGUGUGCUCCCAGGCACAGGAGUUCGGUUCCCCGGUGUGGGGGUGCUCCCUGGUGUUCCUACUGGAGCAGGAGUCAAGCCCAAGGCUCCAGGCGGAGCUGGAGCUUUUGCUGGAAUCCCAGGAGUUGGACCCUUUGCGGGACAGCAACCUGGAGUCCCACUGGGGUACCCUAUCAAGGCCCCCAAGCUGCCCGGUGGCUAUGGACUUCCCUACAGCACCGGGAAACUGCCCUUUGGCUAUGGGCCUGGUGGAGUGGCUGGUGCAGCUGGCAAGGCCGGUUACCCAACAGGGACAGGGGUUGGCCCUCAGGCAGCAGCAGCAGCAGCAGCUAAGGCAGCAAAGUUUGGUGCUGGAGCCGGAGUCCUCCCUGGCAUUGGAGGGGGCGGCGUUCCUGGGGCAGCUGGUGCAAUUCCUGGGAUUGGAGGCAUCGCAGGCGCUGGGACCCCAGCUGCGGCCGCAGCUGCUGCAGCCGCCGCCGCUAAGGCAGCCAAAUAUGGAGCUCCUACAGGCUUAGUGCCUGGUGGGCCAGGCUUUGGCCCAGGAGUAGUUGGUGUCCCAGGAGCUGGCAUUCCAGGUGUCCCAGGCGCUGGGAUCCCAGGUGCUGGGGUUCCAGGAGUUGUCUCUCCAGGAGCUGUGUCACCAGCUGCAGCUGCGAAGGCAGCCAAAUAUGGGGCCGGGGUCGGAGUCGGAGUUGGAGGCAUUCCUACUCUUGGGGUUGGAGCUGGGGGCUUUCCCGGCUUUGGUGUCGGAGUCGGAGGCGUCCCUGGAGUUGGAGUUGUCCCGGGAGCUGCCAUUUCCCCUGAAGCCCAGGCAGCAGCUGCCGCCAAAGCUGCCAAGUAUGGUGCUGGGGGAGCAGGAGUGCUGGGUGGGCUGGUGCCAGGAGCCGGAGUAGCCGUACCAGGUGUGCCGGGAACGGGAGGAGUGCCAGGAGUCGGGACCCCAGCAGCUGCCGCAGCCGCCAAAGCAGCCGCCAAAGCUGCCCAGUUUGGCUUAGUUCCUGGUGCCGGCGUGGCUCCCGGUGUGGCUCCCGGCGUGGCUCCUGGCGUGGUUCCCGGUGUGGGUGUGGCUCCUGGUGUGGGCGUGGCUCCUGGUGUGGGCGUGGCUCCCGGUGUGGGCGUGGCUCCCGGUGUGGGCGUGGCACCUGGUGUGGGUGUGGCUCCCGGCAUUGGCAUCGGCCCUGGUGGAGUUAUAGGCGCAGGAGUCCCAGCUGCAGCAAAAUCCGCUGCCAAGGCAGCUGCCAAAGCCCAGCUCCGAGCUGCAGCUGGGCUUGGUGCCGGCGUCCCUGGAUUUGGAGUUGGUGCUGGUGUGCCUGGACUUGGAGUUGGUGCUGGUGUGCCUGGACUUGGAGUUGGUGCUGGUGUGCCUGGACUUGGAGUUGGUGCUGGUGUGCCUGGCUUUGGGGCAGUACCUGGAUCCCUGGCCGCUGCUAAAGCAGCCAAAUAUGGAGCAGGCGUGCCCGGGGCCCUUGGAGGGGUCGGGGCUCUCGGUGGAGUGGGCAUCCCAGGCGGUGUAGGGGGAACCGGACCCGCCGCCGCUGCGGCUGCAGCCAAAGCCGCUGCCAAAGCUGCCCAGUUUGGCCUGGCGGGAGCUGCUGGGCUUGGUGCUGGAGGACUCGGAGUUGGAGGGCUCGGAGUCGUCCCAGGUGUUGGGGGCCUUGGAGGUGUAUCUCCAGCUGUAGCCGCCAAAGCGGCUAAAUACGGUGCUGCUGGCCUUGGAGGUGUCCUAGGGGGUGCCGGGCAGUUCCCACUUGGAGGAGUGGCAGCAAGACCCGGCUUUGGAUUGUCUCCCAUUUUCCCAGGUGGCGGCGCCGGGGGCUUGGGAGUUGGUGGAAAACCCCCCAAGCCCUAUGGAGGGGCCCUGGGAGCCCUGGGAUACCAAGCUGGGGCCUGCCUGGGGAAAGCUUGCGGCCGGAAGAGAAAAUGAGCUUCCCGGGACCCCUGACUCACGACCUCAUCAACGUUGGUGCUACUGCUUGGUGGAGAAUGUAAACCCUUUGUGACCCUAUCCCAUGCCCCGCCGACUCCCCACCCCAGGAGGGAACGGGCAGGCCGGGCGGCCUUGCAGAUCCACAGGGCAAGGAAAAAGAAGGGAGUGGCCAAGUGCUCCAACCGGGAGUCCCCACUUCGGAGGCAGGGGGUGUAUGGUCCUGGCCCCUGGCCCAUCCCUUCCCACCUAGGAGCUCCCCCUCCAUACAGCCUCCAUCUCCAGGGGAACUUGGUGCUACAUGCUGGUGCUCUCAUCUUCCUGGGGGGAGGGAGGAGGGAAGGGUGGCCCCUCGGGGAACCCCCUCCCCAGGGGCUCCUCUAAAGAUGGUGCAGAUACUUCCUGGGCAGUCCCAGCUCCCCCUGCCCACCAGGACCCACCCUUGGCUGCCAUCCAGUUGGUACCCAAGCACCUGAAGCCUCAAAGCUGGAUUUGCUCAUAGCAUCCUCCUCUCCUCAGUCCACUUGGCCAUCUCCUCCCCACCGAUCGCUGUUCCCCACAUCUGGGGUGCCUUUGGGUUGGAAAACCACCCCACACUGGGAACAGCCACCUUGCUCUUGGAGAAUCCAUCCACCCAUCCGUCCAUCCGUCCGUCCACCCAUGUCCCCAGUUGACCGCCCGGCACCACUGGCUGGCUGGGUGCACCCGCCAUCAACCUAGUUGACCUGUCGUGGCAGCCUGUGCCCUGCCUCCACCCCCCAUCCGACACUCCCCCAGGGCGUGUGGGGCUGUGCAGACUGGGGUGCCAGGCAUCUCCUUUUCACCCGAGGUGUCCCACAUGCAGUACUGUAUCCCCCCAUCCCUCCCUCGGUCCACUGGACGUCAAAGCAGUUCCCACCCCUGCCCUGCCCAUCUUUUUGUGUCUCGCUGUGAUAGAUCAAUAAAUAUUUUAUUUUUUGUCCUGGAUAUUCGGGGAUUAUUUUUGAUUGUUGAUGUUCUCUUUUGGUUUUAUUUUUGUGGUUCAUUGAAAAAAAGAGAAUUUUUUUUUUCUGAUCCGGGGAGCUGUAUCCUCAGUAGAAAAAUCAUUUUAAUCACUCUGAUAUAACUCUGGAUGAAACACAUCUUUUUUUUUAAUAAGAAAAGAGAAUUAACUGCUUCAGAAAAGACUAAUAAAUGAAAACCCUUGAAGGAAA